AUGUUGGUGUUUGAAGGGGCUGCAGAGGUGAGGCUGGUGGAUGGCGGCAGGCGCUGUGCUGGGAGAGUGGAGGUGAAACACAGGGGUGAGUGGGGGACCAUGUGUGGUGACUACUGGAGCAUGAACGAUGCGGCAGUGGUUUGUAAGCAGCUGGACUGUGGGUCUGCUGUUGGAGCUCCUCAGGACAUGAGCAUCCAGCAGUGCACUCUGGCCAUGGCUGAGGACCUUUUUCCUGGCAGGCGGCAGAGCAGGGGGCUGGCACAGAGACCGACCGCAGGAUUUGUCCGGCUUGUAGAAGGGAAGAGCCGCUGCUCAGGACGUGUGGAGGUCCAUGAUGGGGACCUGUGGAAAACCGUCUGUGACUCACACUUUGGUCCCAAAGCUGCUGAGUACACAGGGUUCAGGCUGGUAAAUGGCAGCUCGGCGUGUGCGGGGAGUGUGGAGGUCCAGGUGUUGGGGACCUGGGGCACCCUCUGUGCCUCCCGCUGGGAUUUCUCGGAUGCCCACGUUCUCUGUCGUCAACUCAACUGCGGGUUUGCUGAGUCCAUUCCUGGAGGAGGGCAUUUUGGGAGAGGAAUCGGACCUCUGGUGGGUGGAGGGAGCCGGUGCGACGGGCGAGUGGAGAUCUUCCAGCGUGGGACCUGGGGCAGAGUCCUGGAUGACCAGUGGGAUGUGCAGGAGGCCAACGUGGUGUGCCGGCAGCUGCAGUGCGGACAGGCAGAGACAGCCUACAACCCCCCAAAGUCUGAGCGAGGGACGGGUCCCCAACCGGGGUUUCUCCCCACUGCAGGGAGCCAGCAGGUCCGGCUGGUGAAUGGGGCCGGGCGCUGCGCCGGGAGAGUGGACAUCUACUAUCAGGGCAGCUGGGGGACUGUCUGCGAUGAUGGCUGGGACCUCUCUGGUGCUGCCGUCGUUUGCCACCAGCUGGGGCUUGGCGAGUUCAUGGCCCUGAGGCUGGAGGACAGCGAAGGCUGCUCCGGGCGCCUGCCGGGUUUUUGCAACGUGGGGGAGCAUUUGCUCCAACUCGAUGACUCUCGAUACGGUGUCACUGGCAUGGUGUCUGGCCCUGCGUGGCUGGAUAAUGUGCAGUGUGGGGAGAAAACCAACUCCUUCUGGCAGUGUCCCUCCACUCCCUGGGACCCACAGUCAUGCGAAGAGCUGCGAGACGAGAUCCACAUCACCUGCAAUGGGCUCUGCCUGCUGUCUCAGUGCCAUGGGAGGUCUUUGCUUUCUCCAGACAGGGAGAAGAUUCGUGCCAUGGGAGGAGAGGAUGGGUGCUCAGGCAGAGUGGAGGUCUGGCACCGUGGCUCCUGGGGGACGGUGUGCGACGACUCCUGGGACAUGCGGGAUGCCGAGGUGGCGUGCAGGCAGCUGGGCUGUGGCCCCGCGGUGUCUGCCCUGAAUGAGGCUGCAUUUGGGAUGGGGCAAGGCCCCAUCUGGCUGGAGCAGGUGGAGUGCCAGGGGAUGGAGCUGUCCCUGCAGGACUGCUGGGCCCGGCCCGGGGAUGGCGAUCCCACCCGGGGCCGUUUGACCAGCAGCGGGAGAGUCUCAGUGCCCGUCAUCAUCUGCAUCAUCCUGGGGGCCCUUCUCUGCCUGCUCCCGGGCCUCCUGGCCGGGCAAAGCUCCAGGAGAGCUCAGGAGCUCUUCCCCGAGGCUGUGUAUGAGGAGAUCGGUUACAGCCCAGCGUGGGAGAAGCAGGAAAAGUUUGGUCGCUCAGACUCCUGUUCAGAGGAAUCCCCGACCCAGCUGCAGCCCUACCCUGGGAACACCGAGGAGGAGGAUGGUCUGAGAUCAGCACCAGAUGUUCUUGUCCUGCCCAGAGGUGACCCAGCAGAUGGCUAUGACGAUGCCAGGGAGGUUUCUGACCCUGGGGAUGAUGCUGCCCCUGGGCAGGGAGCUUGGGAAAUGCCCAGGGCACCAGAGGAGGGAGCAGGGCCCAAGGAUGCACUG